AUGUUUCGACAAGAACUAAUUCGUCGACAUCUAGCAAGUCAUUCUCGUUUUUAUGAUUACUCAGCCGGUGUUUGUAACGUCACAAAUUACUUAACUGGCCAACAACCACAUGUUUUGGUUAAUAUUUCUGAAUUACUUUUAAAACUUCGUGAACAGAUUGCACCAUAUCCGGAAGAUUAUUUCGAAGGACGAGGUAUCGUGCUCACUGUUGGUUUUGCUCAAGCCUCAUCUGAAAAAGUUAGCUUGAAAAUGAUCGAACUAAGUGGAACACAAUUACCUGUACAGAUAUGGUACUCAUCGUCGCAGCGAUCACAUAACUACAUGAUACAAUUACUUCGUGUAAUUCCGAAACUGAAUGCAAGUGUUUGUUGUUUUGAAACUGCUCAAUGCCAAACAAUGACACGUGUUUGGAAUCUAAAUUCUACUCAUGUCUACAGACCUCUCACGUCAAAUCUGCCGCACAGAUCUUUUCCAUAUAAACCUGCUGCUAUUAUUAGUGCUACAUUUGCCGAAGUGCUCUUUCUCGAUUGCGAUGCUUAUCUUGUUCGAAAUCCUGACUAUUGGUUUCGAUCAGAUCCAAUGUAUCUUCAUUUUGGCGCACUCUUCUUUCCUGAUGCUGUUCUGAGUCGACAACAUCCUGCUGUGUGGAACAUUUUGAAUAGUACAUGCGCUCGAGAUGAAUUCGAACUUGACAGUGCCGUUAUACUUGUAGACAAGACACGUGUAUGGAAAGGACUCUAUAUGACUAAAUUAAUGAAUGAUCAUCAUGAACUCUUUUACGAAGUAUAG